CACACCGUAUCAACCCCGCAGACACAACGACAGCACACAUCACAACCACCCACACAUACCAAUAUCCGUGAUUUGGCAGUUCUUGAUCUAAUAUCCCACCGUAUGGGUGUGGGGAAGCGCUGCGAGGGAGAUCCAAACGUGUGCUGGGCAUAGACCGCCUUGUCCUGCGACGUUUAUGGGGUGGCUCGUCAGCAUCGUCGUCGGUCUCAUAUGCCUGACAAUCGCCCUCUUGCUUGCCAUCAUAACCGUCUGCUAAUGACGGAGAGUAGUCAUCAUCAUGAGACAGGCCACGUCCGGGAUAGCUUUCGGAAUCCGAAUCUGAAUCAGAACCGAGGUCGCCGUUGGACUCCAAAUCGGGACCGGAAUCGUCCUCAGGCGCAUCCCGAGACUGCGUCACUUCACCAUCCCAGGUGUUAUUGUCACGCGACUGGCAUGAGUCUGUGGAACUUGGCGUCAGCGCCUUCGCGACAGGUGGUCUCCGGCGCUCGUCGCUUCGUCUUCCGUUGCUGGGUGAUGCUGAAAUGCGUGGAGAGCGCCGCCGGACCGAGCCAAAGUCUGGCUUAUUGGGAGGCUCAGCAAGCUGAACAGCGCCAGCAUUGGCGAAGGCUGUUUCAUUUUCGCAGGCCGUGGACUCGACUGGGCCCGAUGGCGCGUGGCUCGACAGGAUGGGCAUCGGUGAGCACGAUGUGGCCGAAUCAUUCGCGGGCUUGCCUGUGGUCAAAGCGACUGGCACAAUGGCCGUCAUGUCGUCUCGAUUGCCACUGUCCUGUGAAGCAAGAGGUUGUUGGCUCUCUUUCGGAGUUCCUGGCCGUCUUCCACGUGUCGUACCGGAGCAUGGUGCAAUUUUCAACGGCCACUAUAUGCCGGCUGGCUCGUAUGUAUCAAUGUCCUCCUGGCUCCUGCACCAAGAUGAGUCUUGCUUUCCGAAACCCCGCGAGUUCGACCCAACGAGAUGGCUUGACCCGACGGUAGCCCGGCGUAUCGAGAAGGCCUUCAUACCUUUUUCUAAAGGUACUCGG